CCUACGCAGUAAUCGAUUCGGUAGGAGUUCCCGCACUCCAUCGCUUUUUCCUACGGAAACAAUUGUCUAAAUCCCUCAGAAAUAGAUGAAUUUAGUGGAAACAGUGACUCAAGUACAAGUCCCCAUUCGUAAGCUCAACGUUAGUGCAGUGGUUUCGAGUGUAUCGUGAGAAACGCGCAAAAACAAAUAACCAAUAGGUUUGGCAUUUGUGAGCACAAUGGUCGUCCGUGCUAAUAAACGUCAACAUGACACUCCGAAGUGCUGUCAAAGCCGCGAUAGUAUUUUUUGCAAUAAAAAUUUUGUAAACAAAAUAUUACAUUCACUGACAGUUGUGUAAGCCGCGAUUUCCGCGCUAAAACUAUAUUCGUCUAUAAUGUAAUCCCAAAUCGAGCGUAAGCAGUAACAUUUACUUAAAGUAAGAAAAAAGGUGCAAUAAAAGUAACUUGAAAAUCGAAAAUGGAAAGCGGCCACAAUGAUGGCAUUAAAUUAGAAGGCAAUGAACAUUAUAAUCUGUUGAGCAUUGACGCUGCUAACCAGGGCAACACGCCAGGCUCCACGACAGAGUCGUCCAGUUCGUUUCGUAGCACAAGCUCAAAGCAGCGUUGGAAUGAAAGUCCCGAGGCGCGAGCCAGACGUCUAGCCCGGAAUGCGGAGAGGAUGCGCGAACGCCGAGCUCGUGAAUCAGAGGAUGAAUACCGUGCGCGACUAGCACGGAACGCGGAGGCUAACCGAAUGCGACGACACAAUGAAAACGAAGUUGAGCGUGCCAUGCGAUUAGUACGCAAUGCGGCACGACAGCGUCUACGGCGCGCCAUGGAGACACCCGAUCAGCGCUCCAAACGCCUCGCAAAACUAGCUGAACGGAUGAGAAUCUACAGGGCAAACGAAACACCGGAACAACGGAAGAUGCGGCUGGCUGAGAUGGCGGCAAGAGCUCGAGAACGUAUCGCGCGCGAAUCAAGCGAGGAACGGAAGGAGCGGCUCCGGAAGCUAUCGGAAUAUGCUAAGAAGAAUUUAAAUCAGAAUACUGUACAGAAUGUUCCGGACACGCAAAUCGGUGGGCAGCAAACUAGCCAGCCACAGCAGCCAAACCCACCCACAUAUCCUCACCAGACACUAACGAAUUCCAUUGAAUACUACCAAAAUAUGUUUAUCAACUCUGCAUUGCGUCCAAACAUAACCAAGGAUCUCCAAACUCAACUGAACGUUACCCAGAAUUCCACUCAACUCCCGGUUCGAUUCACCAACAAUACUCACGGAGUUGUCAUAGAUCCCAGUGUCCCCACAAACAUAUUCCAGCAAAACUUUUACGAUGAUUCCAAACCUGUACAAAAGAUUCAGCAAGUUCCAUAUCAAACACUUACUAGUUCCAUAGAAUAUUAUCAAAACAAGUUCAUAAAAGGAGAGAAAGUCCAGCAGGACACCAAAGAUCAGUCGCCGUCGGAAGAAAUCAAACCGAAGAUUAGACCGCCUGGCUCCGAGUCAUCCUCUCCACUAGCCUCGCAUCAGCAGCUUGUCAACCCGACAACUCAGCUAUACAACCAGUUCCCAUACUUAAACAACUUCCCACCCGUAUCAUCUCCCCCGUCCUCCAGCAAUUCGCAGCAGAACUACUAUCCCAUGUAUCAUAACGGUUUUCAACUUGCCAUAGCUCCCAACACUAUCCCACCCCCCUUUACUCCCGUACACUUCCAGAACGCGGGCACUAUCCAGCAGCCGCAGCAACAGCAACAACAGCAAGCGCCGCAAAACUACAACAUAGUAAACGCUUCCCAGCAAGCACAAAAUCAACAACAACUACCACAACAACCAACGCAACUGGUUCAGGAUUUUCCAAAACCGGUCCGUGGACGACCUAAAAAAAUAUUCCCGGACAAUGAAAUAACUCGCAUUCCGGCCGAAUUACAAGAUGAAGCAAUACGACAGUACAAGGUCAAUGCUUUACUGGAGAACGAGAUCAACCAGAUCCUUGCAUCUCCUAAACGCGGUCGAGGUCGUCCCGGACGUGGUCACGAAACAGAAGAGGAGCGCCGAAUUCGCCUUGACAAAAUGGCCGCUCAUCAACGCCAAGUCCGAGCCAAUGAAACUCUCGAAGAACGAGAGAUCCGGUUGAGAAAGUUAAGCGAGCGUGCCCGCUUGAAGCGCCAACAAAUUCGCGAAACGGAAACUGAGGAGGAGCGUCGUGUACGACGUGCCAAACAAGCCGAAUAUGCACGGCUUCGUCGUCUUAGAGCACAAACACCGGAGAAUAAGAAACGAAUAGAGGAGCGGGCGAAACAGCUGUACGCCCAAAUACAUAGUCAACAGCAGCAGCUGCUGCAGCAACAACAGCAGAGUGCCAUUAUUCACGGGCAACAGCAGCCGCAAUCACAACAACCCACAAUGCAUCAAAAUCAAUCGCAUACCCUGCAAAUGGCUCAUUCAUCUGGUGCUAAUGCAGCUAAUGAAGAUUUCGUGAAGAAUCCCGGCAAGGAUUUUGCACAAUCGGAAAAUAAUGACGUGUUGAAAAUACUGGAGCCUAUUAUUAUAAUGAAAGCGAAAUAAUGUUGAACAAAAUAUUAACUUUAAUUAAUGAUGAGAAAAUAGAAUUAAGUGAAUAAUUUUGUAAGCAA